AUGACAAUCCCACGAGUCGCACAGCACGCAUGAUUGGGUGCAGCGUGUGUAGGAAAUCCACAUAAGGUAAAGCGGCAGUGAGCGUAGAGCAGCACUGCAUCUCCCGCCUGUUUACAACCAGACCGCGGUAAACAUGAGCGGGUUCAGCUCGGUUCUGGUUGUGGUGCUGCUGGUUGCCCUGUCUUGCUCAGGACAAACUCUUGAGUGCUUUCGGUGUGAUCUUGGGUUCUGGGAUGUGUGCUACACUACCAAAACCAACUGCAGUUAUGAGGAGCAAUGUUUUGUUGGAAUUGGUAAGGCAGCCUCUGUCCUAGAUAUAAAGGUGAUGGGCUGCCUUCCAGUAAAAGACUGCAACAAGACUACCACUAUAGAGUUCAGUUCAAAUAAAACCCUGUACACCAUGACCAAGAACUGCUGUGAAGAAGACUACUGUAAUGGAAGCCCUGGUGCGCUUAUGGCAUCUGUUACACUGACUAUAUUAACUGUUGCCCAUACAAUUAUUUCUCAAACAGGUGUAUAUUAAGGGUUUAAAGGGAUUGUACUGAUGUAGUUAAAGUCUUCAAAAUGUUUGUGUCCUAUGCACUUGGGUUAUCUUUGUGUUUUUGCCAAGUUUAGAUUUUACAGUGAAGGGCAACAUUUAAUUUUGAAAAAUGGGUCAACAUUGAAUUUGACUAUAGAAAGUGUUUUAAAUGUUGGUGAAACAAUUGUAACAGUUUAAAAUUCUUAAGUGUGUUGAAUAAAUGUCUUUU